AUGUCUCCUCAGACCCUGCUUCCAGUUGCAGCAACUCUAUCGAUAGCCGAGAUUCAAGUGGGCUCCCACUCUAUGCAGUAUUUCACCACCACCGUGUCCAGGCCUGACAGAAGAGAGACACACUUCACUGCCGCGGCCUAUGUGGAUAACAUGCGGUUAGCACGCUUCGACAGUGAUGCAGCGAACUUCAAUGUGGAGGCGCUGGUGCCAUGGAAGGGGCAGGUGGAACCGGAGUACUGGGAUUGGCAUACACAGAUAGCAAAAGACAACGCAAGAAGGGAUUACUUGGAUCUAAACACCCUGCGUGUCUACUACAACCACAGCGAGAAAGGAUCUCACACUAUUCAGGCCAUAUACGGCUGUGACAUGGGACCAGAUGGGCACCUCCUCCUUGGAUACCACCUGCACGCCUAUGACGGUGCCGAUUACCUUGACCAGAACGAGGACCUGGCGGCUCUGAUGAAGGAGGGCAAGCUGCAGGCUGCGGGUUAUGCUGAGUAUCACAGGGCCUACCUGGAGCAGAAGUGCGUGGAAUGGCUGCGGAGACUUCUGGAGAUGGGGCAGGAGACAUUGCAGCGUACAGACCCACCAAAAGCACAUGUGACUCACCACCCAGUCUCUGACCUGAAGGCAACCCUGAGGUGCUGGGCCCUGGGCUUCUACCCCAAGGACAUCACACUGACCUGGCAGCGAGAUGGGGAGGACCUGACCCAGGACAUGGAGCUGAUAGAGACCAGGCCUGCAGGGGAUGGAACCUUCCAGAAGUGGGCAGCUGUGCUGGUGCCUUCUGGAGAGGAGCAGAGAUACACGUGCCAUGUGGGGCAUGAGGGGCUGCCUGAGCCCCUCACCCUGAGUUGGGAGUCCUCUCAGCCCACUGUGCCCUUGUGGGGAGUCAUUGCUGGCCUGGUCCUCCUGGCAGCUGUGCUCACUGGAGCUGUGGUCACUGCUGUGAUGAUGAAGAAGAGAAGGAAGUGCUCAGGUAGGGAAGGGGUGAGGAGUGGGUUUUGUCACAUUAAAGAAUUUAAAGCCCUGGGUAGAUGCGCAUCCUGUCCCAUUCACAGGAGGCACAGUUCCCACAGGGCUGUGUAUCCCAACUGGUGUCCUGGGUUCUCACACUGGUUCUGUUGCAAAGUACAGAUGAAAAUAACGGUGUAUAUUUCACAGGUGUGAUUCUAGGAAUGCACC